UCGCAGAGGAGGAAAAAAAAAAAACGACAAGACAUUUUACAUGGAGACGUGAGAGAGGGAGGGUCGAAUGUGGGCUGGCGUGGAUUCUCCCUCUUUCUGUCUGUCUUGAUCGGUCGAUGGGUAGCUUGGAAAUCAAAAGAUUCAUGAUCUUUUCUUCGUGAACAAAAAUGGGUUCUCUAGAUAUCGCCGAAUCGUGUUUGAAUUCUAUCCGUCAAAUAUCGGACGAGGUGGCAGAUGCCUUCCUUUACCUGGAUGCAGGUUGUUCUGAAGCUUUUCAAUUCAUGGGUGCAUUUUCGUUACUGAUGGAAAUUGGAGCACGUGCAAUUUGUAGUCUAGAGAACUUGUCAUAUUUUGAUCCUGUGAUUAACUGGAACUCCUGUCAUGUGGUUCCUGCAAAGAAGAUUGUGGUCAUAACAUCACGUCUAUUAAGUGAUGCCCAUCGGUAUAUUCUACGUUGCUUAAGCAUACAUCAAGAUGUUCUUCGUUGCACUAUAUUUACUUCAAUAUCGGAGGUAGCCCAUUCAGCAUAUAUUGAUACACCUCUGGGACCAGAUGCUUUUCGUGAAUAUGAAUCCUUACUGCUUCAAGACUAUGAAGAACUCAUGAGGAAACAAAGACUUGAGAAACAUGAUUUGUUUUCACAUGAUGCAGGAGACCAGCCAACACGAACACAUCAGCAGGAGGAGAACUUUGCUGAUGAGGGUUGGUUGCGGUUAGGCUUUCACAAACAGCAAAGCUCUAAGCUGCCUGAUUCACCCGACAAGGGUUUUGACCAGACUUAUCCGUUGAACGGUUCACAAGGUGCACGGUUGCCACUGGUCGUGUCAGUCCAGCACUUUCCAAUGAUUUUGUGCCCUCUUUCUCCCCACAUAUUUGUUUUACCAUCAGAGGGUGCAGUUGCAGAAGCAUGCUUAUCUAUUCAGCAAAAGGACUCUCUGAGCCCAGGGUUGCCUCCCAUAGCCAGUGGUUUGCCAUCUGAUGGUGAGGAGACGCCUCCAGGUGCAACCCUUACAGCACAUUUUCUUUACCAUUUGGCUGCUAAGAUGGAUCUGAAGCUGGAAAUAUUCUCUCUGGGUGAUUUAUCCAAGUCAAUUGGCAAGACACUAAUGGACAUGUCAAGUCUUUAUGAUGUAGCUGGUCGUAAUAAAAGAUCAGCUGGUUUAUUGCUUAUAGAUCGCACACUAGAUCUUAUUACACCAUGUUGCCAUGGUGAUUCUCUUGUUGAUCGGAUGCUCUCAUGUUUGCCGAGGAGCGAGAGAGCAACAUUUGGUCCACAAGUGAAAGGCUCCCAGCUCCAAAAUAAAUCUAUCUCUUCUGGCUUGAUGCGAGCUCCACUUGAUUUUAGAAUACCUUUUGACAGUAUUUUCUGUGGAGAAGAAUGCCCAACAAAUGGGACUCAGUUCAUGUCUGAAUGCAUUACGUCUUUUAUCUCUGGCUGGAGUUUGAAACACUCUGAAUUGGAAAGCACAGAUAUACCCCAGCAAGACGGCAAAUAUACCAGUGAUAGUGUUGGCGACUUUAAUACUUUUGCCAUGCAUGGAUCAUUCAUUUCCACUGGAAACCAUCUGGGGGAAAAUUGUUUAGAAGCAAUGUUUGAUAAAGGAACAAAAGAUGGAGCCUUGCUGAUAAAGAAGUGGCUUCAAGAAACUCUGUAUCAUGAGAGGGCAAAUUCCAGUGUAAAAAUUCGACCAGGAUUUCCUAAUACCAAUGAACUGAUGUCCAUGAUCAAAGCUAUUGCUUCAAAUCAAGCAUCCUUAUUAAGGAACAAGGGUAUUAUUCAGGUAGCACUUGCCAUCAAACUGGCUUUAAGUGAGCCUCAAAGCUCCCACUGGGAUGCAUUAGCAAGUGCUGAGAGAAUCCUAAGCGUCAGCACUGGGGAUAGUCAAACUCUUUCUAGUCAAAUUCAUGAUCUCCUGUGUAAAAGCAUCUCAAUGCAAUCUCAACAUUCUCAUGCUCAGAGAAGACAUGCUGGAGCUACGUCAGGACCUCUUUCAUUUCAAGAUGCCAUUAUUUUAACUGUUGUUGGUUACAUCUUAGCUGGUGAAAACUUCACUACAUCUGGGCUAGGUAGUCCUUUUUCUUGGGAAGAGGAGCGUUCACUGAAAGAAGCAAUUGUUGAUGCAAUACUUGAAUUUCCAGAUAUUGCCAAGUUUAGGUUCCUUCAUGACAUUGAAGAACAACUGCAUGAACACCACGAGAAGUUGAAAUCUCAAAAACCAGAGGAAACUCAAACAGCACAGCCAGUUAUUAAUUUUGAUGAGCAGUGGGGUAGUUGGGAGGAUGAUGAGACCGAAAAUAAUGAAGAUCAGCUAUACGGAGACAUGCAGUUGAAGCUAGAGUUGCGGGACCGAAUAGAUAACAUGUUCAAGGUUUUUCACAAAUUAUCAAGGUUGAAGAGGGAGUCAUCUUUCAGAGAAGGGCAACUAAUCAGAGACUAUAGUGGAUAUUCGUCCGUUGAUAGAGGCUUAGUUUACAAGCUUCUUAGCCUGCUGCUCAGAAAGCAUGAUAUACCUGGUUUGGAAUACCAUUCUUCAGCAGUCGGACGGAUUCUUAAAAGUGGGUUUGGUCGAUUUGGGCUUGUACAGGCAAAACCGAGGUUUGGAGACCAGAGCAUUCUUAUAAUUUUUGUAGUGGGAGGAGUUAAUGCAAGGGAGGUUCGGGAAGCCCGGGAAGCAUUGGUUGAAAGUGGAAAUACCCGUGCGGAACUACUUGUUGGUGGUACAACUCUUUUAAGCCCAGAUGACAUGUUUGAUUUGCUAUUUGGUUCUUGCUCUUUCCAAAGUUUUGAAGAUGUAAAGUCAAUGCCCAUAUAGAAGAUCUGGAUCAUUGUAAAUCUUGACUGUAUCAUAUAUGCGGGAAUAUAUUGGAAGUACCCAAUUGUGCAAAACAUGUCAAUUAUGUAUUUAGUUUUGUAGCUAAAGCAUCAGACUUUUGCAAAUUGUAAAAUUUUUGAAGAUAAAUUUCUUGAAGGCCUAGUUUACGCUGGUUGCGAACACAA